CAUGUCCAGAACAAAAACGCUCCAACAUCAAGGUUGUCAACAUUUCUUUCAACCCAGAUGUCCUCUCCAUAUUUUCAGAAAUUUCACUUACUCUUCCCAACUACGUGCCACGUCCAAGCUAACCUUUUCUCUUUAAACACAACAACAAGAAGAUUGUUGUAUUACUUGCACAAACUUACAACAACAAUUUGAGCAACAAAUAAUUACUUUACAAAGAAAAAAUAAAAUAAAAAGAUCAUAUUACUAUGUCGUGGGGAGGACCUAAUAUAGAUAAAGGUGAUGUAAAAAUUGAUCCAAGCAACAAGGGUGGCGAUGGUGAUCAAUCUUGGAGAAAAACGGCUGACACCCAUAAGAUGACACUUGAGCAUGUCAAGGCCGCGGGUGUGGAGGCGUCGCAGCGUCCCCCGGGACACGGCCGUGGUCCCGGGGAGGUACUACACCAGCGUCGUCGUCUUCCUUUUAGUUAUACCACUAUGACUAUAGCAGGGCUUGCUAUUUCUGCUAUAAUAGGGUAUACUGUUUUAUACUCUAAGAAGAAGUCUGAGGUUGAUGCUUUGGAUGUCGCUAGGGUAGCCACCAAUACGGCUACGCCUCAAAACACUCAGAAUAUCCCUAGGAAAUAGACUUAAUUGAGGCUGUGUUUUUAUUAUUCAUUUUAGCAUAUUAUUGUAUCAAUUUGGUAACUUAACUAGGCUUUUAUAGUAGCUAAUUUUAGUUCGUUAUCAUUGUCAGUUUGCAAGUGGUUUUAUAAUUUCUAAAGUGACAUUAUUUAGGUUGAAUAAGGAAAUUAUAAUCAGUAUACUUAAGUUACUCCCUUCGUAC